AUGUGGGGCGGAGGAGGUUGUGGAGGUGAAAAACGCGACUGUCGCCACGUCCCUGGCCGAAGGGUAGAAUUCGCUGCAGCAGGUUAUCUCAGCCCGAAUCAGUAUGUAACUCUUGCCGGAGAGUGGAGCAAUCGGUCUCCCAUUAAAGUAUUCACUAGUGUCUCCAUUCAUGCGUGUCUCUGGCCUAUUUGUUUAUCUGCCUCCGGCUCGCCUUUGUCUGUAGCUCCGUCAGUCGCCAGGCCGAGCAAUCGGUCUAAUCGGCCGGCCAUGUUCAUUACCGAUUACACCAAAAAGUGGUACCCUCCUUUUUGUCCUCCGAACCCCACCAACCCGUCAAGCCGGUUUAUCUGCCCGCUCAGGCAUGCGACGAUUUCCGCGAUCUUCACAACCACGAACAGGCUUAUCGGAGACUGGGCGAAAACGACUGUGUCUGCACCGGGGAGACUUAAGAUCUGA